AUGGUCAUGAAGCUGAUGCUAGGCCCAGGGAGGACCUUCGUGGAGGCGGCCCUACUGCUGCGCCUGGACGGCCGCGCGGGCGCCCCCAGGCUGCUGGGCUACGGCGGCGAGCGCCCCAUGCUGCUGCUGGAGGACGAGGACGCGCCGCUCUCGCUCCUCCUUAAGGUGGUCGAGCUCGUGGCGCAGCGCCUGCGGGAGAUGCACGACCUCGGCGUCGUCCACAACGACGUGGCCGUCCCCAACGUGGUCGUCCGCGUCGCCGACGACUACCAGCUGCUGGAGGCGCGCCUGGCGGAGUUCACGCUGGCGUGCCCGAGCGGCCACUCGCUGGGCAUGGACGCGGAACCCGCUGCGUGCCCGCGCGUGGCGCCCGAGGUGGCCCGCGGCGGCGCUAGCACACCCGCCGCCGACGUCUUCUCGCUGGGCGUGCUACUGCAGGAGCUGAGCCGCGUCAAGGCCGACGCGCAGGAGCUGCCACUGCAGGCGAAGGAGGCGGCGCAGCUGGCCACGGAGGAGGAGCCGCAGGCGCGGCCGGACCUGGCCGUCCUGGAGGAGCUGCUGCACGAGGCGGUGCUCUGGCAGAAGAAGAAGGAGAAGAGGAAGAAGAACAAGAAGACCAGGAUGCAGAAGGCGAAGAUGGCCCACUGA